AUGGGCGCAUUUACAUUCAUAUUCCGACUUUUAAUGCUAUUGGCUAAAUUUUGAAAGCAUAUCAUUUAUACGCUCAAUUUUGUGAAAUGCUUACAAGUCUUCAAAGCAUUUUAUUAUGCUUUCUUCUUGUGGAAGAUAAAAUUUCAAAUUCUUCCUAUAAAUUUGAAUUGUGUUUUUGGCCUCGCUUGCCAGUAAAAUUCAAAUUAAAAAGUUUUCACUUUUAUCCAUAAACAGGAACCUGGUGAAAUUUGAUAAAAAAAUUAGACUUCUAAAAAUCGGAAUUGUUAUUUUAUGGGAACACCUUUCAUAUUGGUCUUGCAGUCGGUGCAAAAUCAAUGUAAAAAGUGCAGAAAAUCGAAAUGCACGCAGGAGGAAGACAUUUUUAUUGGUAAUAAUAUUUAUAAUUUUUUAAUUUCCGCUUUUUGAAAGCAAAAUUAUGAAUGAAUGAUUUGCAAAAUAUCCUCUCGUUAAAAUGCAAUCUCAAUUUAGCUGAACAAUGAAAUUACUCCGAUCGUCGCAAUUCCUCUAUUGUUUCCACAAAAUACACAUGAUCAUCUGAAUGCGUGCACCAAAUAAUUGGACCAAAUUUUUAGUAUAAAGAGGCCGACUGCCUCACCAAAAGCACCAAUCUCUUUCGGUGGCAGAGCAGCACAAGAUGCAGGUCACAAGCAUUUUUGCCCUGGUGGUGGGCUGUCUGGUGUGCACCCUGGUGUUAGCUGAGCCAUUCAGCAAGCAUCAUUACGACGUGAGCAGCUCUAGUAGUGGCUCAAGCAGCGGGAGCAGCUCGUCAGGCUCGAGCGGCUCAGGUUACCACUACGCAAAGCCAAAGAAACCGUUCUACCUACCAGCAGCUAGCCACACCAAGGUCAAAAUCAUCAAGUACCACGGCUACAAGAAGAAGCCGAGCAGCUCCUAUGGAGCUCCUACUUCUUCUGGAUCCGGGAGUUCCUCGUCUGGGUCUUCUUCAGGGUCUAGUGGACCCAGCGGACACAGCCACUACCACAAGCCGGCGGUGAAAGUCAUCAUCAAGAAACACGGGAAGGCAUUCCACCAUCAUGGUUAAGCAUGUAUUUUUGGUAUUUUUUAUAUUAUUACACUUUUUAAACCAGCACUAUCGUCACUAAAAAAGGUUCUCGAGAAUUAAAACAAAAAUGU